AUGGCAUCCCGCUGGGUCCCAGGUGAGAUCGCCCGGCCAUCCAUCGCCGAACUGAGAUCGCCAUUAAUACCUAUGUUUUCAUACCCGCACACGCGUAUCGUGGACUUGUCUCUUGGAGAAACCACUCCGCACAAGCCCAGGGCCAAUCUAGACAAGUACCAGUCUCGUUACGAUAAGGUCGGCCACGCGAGCAGGAACUACAAUACAUAUGUGGAUACAAGCCUCCUCUGUAUGUUCGAAGUGUACGAGGUCCGGAGUACGUGCGAAGCCUUCGCCGAGGCUUUCUCGCACCACCGCACCCUGGCCUUGGCCAUGAAUAUCGCCAGCUUUGUUUUCCGAAGUGCCCCUCUCCGUCGGCUCUCUCGCAUGAGGGCCAAGGUUUAUGACCCCUUGGGGCAUGUCUUGUACCUUCUCCGACCGUCCUGCCCGAGUCCGGGGGUGGCUCGGCUGAUUGGAGCCGACAAGCGCCAGUCUCGCAAAAGCGCCCAGGGCGCUCGUUGCCAAAUAGAGCCGUGGCCGCAGAAACGCGACCUGGGAACCAAGUCUCACCGUCGUACCGUUCUUCUGAUUUCGACCUGCGCUCUCAUGACCACACGAUUUCUCCAAAUCUAUCCGGAGUAUGACCUCGGCGGCACCAUAACAAGUUGCCGUGUGAACGGUUCUUCCCCUGGCAGGUCCUGGACGAGCCGGCCACAGGUCGCUGGAGGAUUGGCUGGCCUCCCAACUGAGUGGGAAUUUUGGGUUCCAUCUUUUCGCCACUUGGUAAUAACUGGCAAAGGGGUCAACACGUUUCCAACUUCAGGAAGCCAAUUAUGCUUUGUAGCCGAGGACGAUGAACUCCAAGCCCAAGUCAACCACCAGCCGCCUUGCAUCGUAGCGGGUGGUUUCCCUCCGGCGAAAGUUGUCAAAAAUCAUCAUCACUUGGGUCGUGGAUGGUACAGACACGCCCCCUCUCUCUCCCCCCACCCCAAACCAGAAAACCUUUCCGCUUCUUCCCAUGUGCUGCUGUGGAGUUACCUAGUCGCCAGUGCUUCCAUCAACUGCAUGGGUCACACCUUCGAGAGCCGCAUCGCCGCUUGCAUCCUCCAUUCCCAGAAAACCCCCAAUGCCAAACUCGCCCACUGA